GGGGCAAAGAGGAGCAGGAAACCCGGAAUUUAAGUUUCUCUGGUCUAGUUUCGCGGUGCUUUAGGCUUCAGGCUUCUGCUGUCCCAGACGCCCUAGACGCGGCUUCAGUCCCCGCCGGCCUUCGCCUCCCAGAUGGCAAGAGUCUGGGUCUGCGUGGGAGGUGCCGUCUUCCUUCUUUCCUGUCUGGUUUUGCAUUCGUGCUACAGCGGCUCUCUGGUUUCAAGGACAUUUGCUUUUUACAUACCAUGGAGAAAGGAGGAUACUCUUUUCCGGCUGGAUUUGGGUUGGCCCAAGUAUUCAGAAUACUUCACUGGUUCGACAUUUUCUGUUGCGGUUGACUCCCUCAACGGGUUAGUUUACGUAGCUCAAAGAGGGGAUAACAUCCCCAAGGUAUUAGUGUUCACAGAGGAUGGAUAUUUCCUACGAGCCUGGAAUUACACAGUUGACACACCCCAUGGUAUGUUUGUCUCCGGCACACCAUAUGAACAGUCCGUCUGGAUCACGGACGUAGGAAGUGGAGCCUAUGGUCAUACUGUUAAAAAAUAUAAUUCCCUGGGUGAUCUUGUUCAAGUCUUGGGUACCCCAGGCAAGAAGGGCACUGGCUUGAACCCACUGCAGUUUGACAACCCUGCAGAAUUAUAUGUAGAUGACACGGGAGAGAUUUACAUUGUGGAUGGAGAUGGGGGAUUGAAUAACAGACUAGUCAAACUGUCCCAAGAUUUUCUGAUCCUCUGGCUGCAUGGAGAGAAUGGAACGGGACCUGGCAAGUUCAACAUACCUCACGGUGUUACACUUGACUCAGUUGGUCGGGUGUGGGUUGCUGACAGAGGAAAUAAAAGACUCCAAGUAUUUGAUAAAGACACUGGAGAGUGGUUAGGAGCAUGGGACAACUGUUUCACAGAGGAGGGGCCUUCGGCUGUUAGGUUCACCCCGGAUGGGAAGUACUUGAUCGUGGCUCAGUUGAACCUCAGCAGGCUGUCCAUUUUGGUGGCCCCACCAUCUGGAAGCAUCGGAGACUGUUCUGUGGUCAGCACCAUCCAGCUGGCAGAUCAGGUUCUGCCACAUCUUCUAGAAGUUGACAAAAAGACCGGAGCAGUCUAUGUAGCAGAAAUUGGGGCAAAACAAGUGCAAAAAUACGUUCCAUGGCACAGCCAUGCCCCUGCCUUUGGGGCUUAGUGCAUCCUUCCUGAAGGGGCUUCAAGUAGCAGUUCAACGCCUCAGAGUCACUGUGUUUAAAGUCAUUAAGGCACAGGGUCAGUUUUUACCUCUCCUACCAGACAAGUGUGUUGGGAUGUCAUUAAGAGUCAUGUUUUCUGGUGGUUCUCGGGCCUUAGUUUUACAACUAAUUGUGUAAGAGUGUUUUGGUUUGUUUUUUUUCCUUUUUGUUGGGCCUGGAUGUUGAACUCAUGGCCUGAUGCAUGAUAGCUAGGCUGCUGCCCUAGCUCUGAGCUGCAUCUUCAUGUAAGUAGCUUUUGAAAAAAGAAAUGCAGUUCUAAAAUGGGCUCAUGAAGGGGAACUGUGAUUGUAACCAAGUUACUUGGAUUGGUUGAUUAACUCUCUGGGCUCCUAGGAUAACCUUUUGAUUUCAUUUUCAUCGGGAGAACUGGAAACUACUGGUUUGUUUAACUUCUGUAAAGUGGACUGUGAGUGAUUGUGAAUGGUUGGGCUGCUGAGUGAUUUAAUGCAUGCAGAGUGCCAUGCCAGGUCCAGAGGAUCCUAAAGUAAGGGAGCAGCAUUGUCUGCUUGUGGUCCAGCAGAGAAACAAGUGGGAAUGGUGACAGCAGGAGCAAGAGGACCAUGACAGACAGGAUGAACCAUGCAGGGUGGGUUCAUGGAGACUUCAGGCAGUGGCAGCUUGGGCUCAUUGGCCAAGAGAUGAGUGAGAAAAAGGCAACAAUACCACUCAAGUAGAGAAGGCCUAAGAUUUACAUCCCACGAGUUCUGAGGAAAAGACAAAACAAAGGUUUGGUCUUUUUGCUACAAAAUGCUUAAUGUCACCCUUUACAAGUAGGACUACAACAGCCAGCAUCUAAGCACUUUACUAAAAUGAAGAUUUGCCAAUGGUAUUUUAAGAGUUAAUGCUAGCAAUAAGUUCCCCCACUCACUAUUGUCCAUUUCAGUUUUUAGAAUAAACUCACUUUGCUACUAGCACUUAUCUACCUCCAAGAUACUCUAGGAGAGUUGGGACCAUUCACAGGGAAGUGUGCUAAGCACGUGGAGGUCUGAAGGUAAUUUCCCUGCCUCCCCAGCCUGCUCUUGUCCUAUCAGAGUGCUGGCCUUCAGAUGCACAUUUGUGUUUUUCAAUCUGUUCUGGGUUAUUCUAGACUUUGAGGGAACCCUUUUCCUCUCAGAGUCUUUUGAUCGUCCAUCCCCUUUGCUCCAUCAGUGUCCCUCCCUGAGCCAGUAUUACAUGGUGACUUGUGUGGCACUGGGGACGAGUAAGCUGACCCACUGCAGCUGAAGGAGCUUGGACCUGAUUUGGUACAUGGGUUACAUGUAGUGUUGGAAGAAAAGUGAGCCUCCAGUAGAAAUGUAUUGCAUCCCAAGGCUCUUAAAUGUGUCCCUGUCGCUCACCAGACUGAUUCUGAAGUCACUUUAGUCUUCUUUUAGUACCAAGGGAACAUCAUUCUUUUCUCACUCACUACUGCAGCGUGGAUUGGAUUUGCAGCAGGCACAGAUGUCUGGAGCCUGGAGUACAUUGAAGGAUGUUCUGAGAUGACCUUCCAACUGUCAUUAUUUGCAUUCAGGUUUGCCUGACUGUUCAAGGCUUCUACAAAAUGAAUCUUCAUAGAGUUUAUGCAUUUGCUAAUAACCAGUUGACUUGGAUGGAAACAAGCAAUGUGAAGCUUGCUUUGUUGGUGAGCCAGAAAAGACAUGCAGGGUCCUCUUUGAGGGAGAGAAGGUUAGCUGAACUGCCUUUGUUAUUUCUACAGUAUUUUUCCUUAGCUUGUUUUUAUAAUAGAGGAUUUUUAUGAGGAUUCUAUGCAUAGAUACUUAGUGUUUUGAUCAACUCCAUCCUUCAAUCUCCCCCCUUGAGUUCCCCGCCCCCCAACUUCAUGUGCUUGUGUUCAUUCUGAGUAAACUUGGUGCUGCCUGGUUGUGCAUGGGUAGAGGACAAUCUAGUGCAGCAGGGGUAGCCUUUUAGGAAACAUGUUCCCCAAAAGGUUCUCCCUCCACCAGCAGCCAUCAGUUCCCAGUAACUAAUUUCUCCUUAGGGCUAGGUGUUAUGAGCCUCACCCGGCUCUGUGCUGGGACUGUGACUGGUGUGGUCUUGUACCUGCAGUCAUGGCUGCUGUGAGUUCUGUGUGCUGAACUUUUGUGUCCAGCAGACGCUUUGCUGCAGACAUCUACCACCUUUGUCCUCUUCUGCAUUGACCCCAGAGGCUUUGGGAAUGUUGUGGGUGAUGGAGAUGUCCCAUUUAGAGUGGACGAGUUCAGUCUCUUAUUCUCUGCAUUUGGACCAGUUGUGGGUCUCUGUGUUAAUAUCCAUGUAUUCAAAAAAAAGCUUCUCUGAUGAGCAUUGAGAGAUAAAUAAUCUAUAGGUAUGAAGAUGAGAUCUUCACAGGGACAGUUUAUUACUGCAUCCCUUUCCUGGGGGCUAUGACCUACCCAGCCAUAGGUCUUUAGCCAGUUAACAGUAGCAGGCAAGGCUUCCAUCUUGUACCAGCUUGAUGUCUUCUUUACAGAUUCUUAUAAAACUUACUGAGAAUAUGGUUCCUGAUUGUCUUAAAAGACCUGCUUACAAUCAAAGUAUUUUACUCCCUGCCUUUGGAUCAAUUAGUUAAAUAAAUAAGAAUUGUAUUUUCUAUUGGAACAUUAAAGUUUUGCAAAGAAAAAUUUAUAAAACUUAGCUACUUAUUUUAAGAUUGGAUUUUGGGUUUUUUGGGGGGGGUUGGUUUUGUUUUUUAAAUAAUAGAAGAAUUUCAAUGACCAUAAGAUCCCAGGUUGGGGAGUCUGGGCAUGGUGGUAUAUAUACAUCUAUAAUUCAGCACACUGGAGACCACAGCAAGAUCUGAUCUCAGGUUGCAGACCAACCCAGCUGUCGACUAAUGUUGGCUGCAUAAACACAGGACUAAAGGCAUUGCAGAGCUAAGAGAAUUCUUUUACUCUGCCUCAUAAAGCAUAUGCUGCUGAGGUGUUUCAGCUGGGCUGACAUGGGCUUGGGGAUUCUGUGGGUAGGGAUUCGAACCCAGGUCCUCAUGCUUGCCCAGCAAGUGCUCUAAUCCACCUGUUAGUGUCACACAGUUGAUACAUUGCUAAAUACAUAUUUUUAUUCUUUUCAA